CAAAAAGCGAUCCCCGCCAAAUUCUAGCCUUAAGCUAUUUUGCCGGGGUCGAGUCUCAAAAGCUAUCAAAAGCUUCAGCCUUCUCAAUCAAAUCUACAAGAGACAGACCUAACAACCGCCGUCAUUAUGUCAACUCUCAACGAGCCCUUUUAUAUUCGCUAUUAGUAAGUUAAUGACACAGUUUAAUACUGAUUUGCUAAUUCGUAUAAUUAGUUCCGGUCACCAAGGUCGACAUGGGCACGAAUUUCUUGGUGAGUAUCUAGAAGCUUGCCCACAGCUUGCGCGAUUUGUUAACAAUGAAUCAAGAAUUCGACUUUCGAGUUUUGGGGGAUGGAAGAAGCGCGUCCGCACGUUAUGCCAACAAUUCCAAUUAUCGAAACGAUUCCCUGAUCCGCAAAGAAAGUACGUGAUACACGAUGUUCUAUAGAAUCUCCCUCGCAGCUAACUUUAUGGGCCACAGUGAAUAUUAGCUCGUUAUUGGUUGAAGAAAUCAAGAGGAUCAUCAAAACUAGUGAGAUCAUGAAGUAUACCUCUCAAGCUUAUACAGUGUAGUGCACGCAGCUCAUGAUUUCAAUAGGGAAGAUGAUAGCAAAUGGCCCCAGAAGAACAAAGAUGGACGCCAGGAAUUGGAAAUCAAAAUAGGCAGUGAGGUGAUCUCUUUCGAAGUAAGCAUAGAAUUACUCUUGAGUGCGAGAUCACGGCACUAACAUAACCUAGACUGCCAAAAUUGGAUCUCUCGUUGAUGUCACGGAAUCUCAAGAUCCUGAAGGUCUUCGGGUGUUCUACUAUCUUGUGCAAGAUUUGAAAGCAUUGGUGUUUUCAUUGAUAGCACUUCACUUCAAGAUCAAGCCUAUUUAAGUGGUUUGAUUUCAUGAAAAGUCCAGGGGACGAAGGAGUUAGGCGUUGAACUAUAUGUAAGACAAAUGGAUACCAAUAGAGAGGAAAAGCCAGUUACUUGUGUAAAAUGCUAAUAAUACUUAAAAUCAGACAUUCGUUGUCAAACUUUUCGUCAGGCAUUAUAAUUUGAGAUUGUAGAUAUUCUCCGAUCAGUUGGAACUGCCAACGUUGAGUAGAUGUGUGCUUCGUUCUGCUUCAUUAAAUUUUGGUUGGAUGAGGUAACCGGUAACCAUCUGACAUGCCAAGUUUUACUUGCAUCGGAGCUUUAUUAUUAUCACUAUUGUACAAUAUGCUACGACUAUGUCUGGCACCACUGCAUGAAACUAUCUCUACCGAAUUACCUAUUUGGCAUACGACCUCACAAAAGCACAUCUUACUCCUUUAACUCUGUAACUAUGGGCAGUCCGUGUCUGAUUUGGG